AUGGGCGGCUCUAUGAGCACCAGCUCAGGCCCAUCUUUUGGCCGUGCUGACGAUGAAGAAUAUUCGUACUUUGGCGCAAGCUUCGGAGGUAGCAACAGCUAUAACGGUGCUGCGUUUCCGAGUGAUGCUAGCCCUUUCAGCGGUCGCCGUCCUCGUUUUGACAGUGGCUUUUCCUCUCACGCAGCAGCAUCUGCAUUUUCUCCGGGCCCAUCCUUCGCUCGAGGACCUGCAUUUGCCGCUGACACUGCUAUUUUUCCAGGCCCUGCAUUCUACGCUGGUUCUUUGUUUCCCCACGAGCCUGCAUUUUCUUGUGAAAAAAUCCCUUCUCUGAGCACAAAGCCCAGCAUUGGCGAUGUGGACAUAUCCAAGCCUAAUCUGGCAGUGGGCAAGUGGGACUACAACAUUCGGCCGAGAGUCGAAAUCCAUGCGCCAAAAACGUUCAAUUUCUUGGACAAGACAAUCGGCUCUGACUCGAUACCUGUCGACGUCCGAUUUGGCGGCAAGGCAUUUGUAUGCAGGCAAGAGCCAGGCUACGAUGUCGGUCUGUCAGCGGACUAUAGCGGCGAAGUGAGUAACCACAGGGCAAACCAUUUCGAAGCACGCAUGCCGCGGCUGUCUGCCACGUUCGCCAAAGGCAAGGGCAUCGCUAGUGUUGAGCCACUAGAUCUCGCCAUGUCGAAGACCAUUUUCAGCUGUGAGUAUACAGUUGACACUGACGCACUUAUGCGUAAGAAGCAGACGGCCAGAGACGGCCCUGCAAGGGUCACGAUUGGCGGCUAUGCCCCCCUCUUUGUUGCUCCAGAGGGCAGCCGCGUCAUCCGUGGCUGGCCGGUGAACGACAGUCUUGCGGCCCUAGACCUCUCCAUCACAGGCAAAUUGGAAAAGGACUGGUCAACUGAUUCCAGGACUACACUUGAGGUCGGCCGCCACAACAUGUUCACACCUGACUCCCGCUACUCCACGCUUACUGUUCGACAUUGCCAAAAGGCAAGCAGUCGCGUCUCUGCGCGCUCGCAGGUUGACGUAUUGCAGUCUGAUGUUGGACUGAAUUGGGCGGUUUGCUUAGGUGUAGAAGGAAAAGGCAAGAUUGGCACGGCAGACAUCAUUGUCGGCGGCGACAUAAAGAUGGAAUCUGAUAGCAAAACCCCACUAACAUGGUCGGCCGCUGUGAAAGUUAAGCCUUAA